GAAUGAUCAUCCUGUUGUGAUGCGUACCUCAUACAUUACCGUGACUUUAUGCGCGCUGGUGCUUGUGCUUGCUCUCACAAGCGUCCAGGUUCAAUCAUCCCCCGUGCAAUAUAGCAAAUGGGAAGAAUAUGUGAAAAUGUUCAAAGAUGACGACGGAUUCAUCAACAGCAAGGACAAUAAAUGCAGACACGGUGGCGAGGUGCGGAAUUUGUGCGAAAAAUGCGCCAAAGUCACCAAAAACGAAGUCGUCUUCCCACUGUGCUGCCAGAACAAGAUCGGAGUCGCUGCCUGGUGCAAGGAGUUCCUCGACUACAGGCCAGUCGAGCCCGUUCUCUCAUCUUAAAUACAACAUCCAUGCACCAAAUACAAUGAAAGAUCCCACCACCAAGAUCCGUCAUCAGUUGUUGAUAAGGGAGAAAAUCAGUCGGUUUCUUAGCUGUAGAACUGUUGUGAAUAUUUAAUUUUGAAGACUCAGAAACUAAAUCUCAUUUGACUAGAAACAAAUCAAUCCUAAUUCUCUUUCGAUAAAAAUCUACGACAAUAAGCGUUAUCUCCAGAUAAAAAUAUUCAUAUUAUGAUUUUAAUUCAUAUGUAUAAUUAAAUUGAAUUUAUCUGCAGCUUAUACACUGAGUGAAUUCGUCUGCGAUAAAAAGGUAAAAAGUUUACUAAUGGAUUGAAUUCAUCUGCCUUGGAUAAAUGUAACUUAAUUCAGUUGUUCCAUAUGGAGGAAUUAAUGCCUCCGUAAAUCGAAGUUCUUUCUUUGCUAUAUUUUUGAAUUUUUAAAUAGCUGGUGCUUAAUUACGAGUACAAAAAUAUCUUUAGAGUACAUAGCAUUAACAAGAUUUUCCUACAAUUUUAUUUGUGCCUUAUGUAGUCAUAUAAUACAAUGUAAAAUUAGAUUUUUCCGGCAGAUUGUAGAAAACUGGAAAUUUAAGGAACAAAGAACUCAUUUAGCAAAGAAAAUAUAUCACUGUUAUGCAGGAAAUUAACUAUACUAUUAAUUAAAGAAUUUGAUAAUUUUUUAAAGACCACUUGUGUAAUUUAAUUAUAGAUAUAUAAAGAACUACCUUACCUUACAUAUUUUAUCAAUGAAAUUCAGCACCUAUAUUCUUAAUGUUACAAUAUAAUGUUAACAAGAAAAUUUUAUGGAAUAAUAUAUAUUAUAAUUAGCAACUACUGUAUUCACAACUUUAGAGCUUAACAAGUAUUAGUUAUUGCUUAAUUAUUAUAAGGUGUUUUAAAAAUGCAAGACGUGUGUUGUGUUGAACAUGUUUGUACGUGUCAGAAACUGUUUAUGCGUUUUCAAUGGCAUCUAUUUGUACGUUUAAAAGAUUUUAAGAAGCUGUGUAUUUAUUUUAAAUGUGAUUGCUUUUAUUCAUAAAAUUACUAUUUAUUUUAGAUGUUUUACAGAGAAAUGUUUCAAUAAAAGUUGUGCAUGUGCAAAAUGGGUCCUCCUUUU